UGGUAUUUGCCUUGCACGUCCUACUAGGGCUCAGUAGAGUCAAUCAUGGCGGAUGAUCGCGGCAAGCUCGUUGAUCGCAACGUGGUCGACUCAUCCCUCUUCCGCACGGUCACGUCACUUGACGGCAAAACAACAAGCUUCGUGAUCGGUCAUCGCUGCGCGACAUUGAUCCCAACUAGUCACCAGGGGCAAUGGGGCGCUUUCCCAGACAACAUUGACGAUGAUGAGAUCACGACCACGCUCAAAAAGGAUCCACCGGCGCCUAUCAGACGCGAGGCGGAUCAUGCCGCCAGCAGCGUGAUCCAGAAUGGCCUUGCAAAGAGUCGCGGCACGGCUGCCGUUGUACUUCCGGAGGGCGCCGCUGUCACCGAUAACAUCAUCAUCUUUGCCGAAGACCUGGUCAUCUACCGCGGCAGCAAGUUUGAGUGGCCGUGCAAAAACGUCACCAUCUUUGCUAGGCGCGUGAUUGUCGCUCCGCGCGCAUCAGAGACGUUUGCCAGCGACUCGGACCAUUGGAUCACAUUCGACGUUUCAGCCCCGCCUGCCAACGACAAGUACGUCAAUCAAUCGACGAAUCCAGGCGCGGCUGGUUCCAAGGGGGACGAUGGCCAGUCUCCCGGUGUCGGCACCGAGGCGGUGGCGGGAGGUGACGGAACGGCUGGCGAGAACGGAGGGAAUGCGGCAUCGGGAGGUACUAUCCGCUUCUGCGCUCGUCUGAUGACGCUUCUGACUGAGCAGGAGGAGAAGAGCGUCAAGGUGUGUUGGCUGUCAAAGGGCGGCAACGGCGGUCGAGGACAACAGGGCGGCGCGGGUGGUAAUGGCGGCAGCGGCGUCCAGGCUACCGACACCUGGCAUACCCCUCGAGAUUCCUGCGCAGAUGCCAAGAAAGGUGGGAAUGGAGGCAAGGGAGGCAAAGGCGGCAAUGGAGGAGACGGCGGACACAUUGAGCUGUGUCUCCUGAAGCCGUCGGCCACUGCAGCCGAGAAGACCAAGUUCCGUGAGGUUGAGAACACUUUCGACGUCUCGGCAGGCAGUAAUGGCUCAUCUGGGGGUGGAGGAGCCAAAGGAUCCGCUGGAUCAGCCGGCCAUAUCCACACUGGUUUGGGUAUGGGUGAUCACUAUUAUGGAGGCCAGGGCGCCUCGGAUGGCGACGCAGGAGACCCAGGCGACGCCAACAACAGCACGAGGACGCCAGGCAGUUCACAUACGGCCUCGUUCGGCGAGGACAAUGUCGAAGCAUGGGCUCUCUGCGUCAGCCCAGGGUUCCUCCAGAUGCUCGUCCAGCGCCUGCUCUUCGAAUACGAUGUGCUUUUCGGCAGCUUCUUCGAUGUCAAGCCCAUCAAGGGUAAGUCGGCGCACAGGCUUCGCUUCGAGCUCAGUCUGCAAUGGCUGGUGAACCUGAACGAUACCAUUCAGAGGUUCGAGAACUCCCCUGAGCUGGCGGAUAAGCCAUCCGAGACUGAGACGAACUUCACCGAUGAUCAAAAGACUCAACAGCAGCUUAUACGGAGUGUCUUUGGUGGCGACCUAUGGAAGUCUAGUCCCGAGCUGCGUGCCGCUCGUCAGAUCUAUCGCAUCGGAUAUGAUAAGCUAUUCUCCCUCCGCGGAUCCCAGCUUCCUCCUAUUCCGUCGACAGACUCCUACAAUCAGUCCUUUCGCCUGAUUCCUACCACCUCCUUCUCUAUCAAACGCCUUGAACUGGCCGCCCAAGAGAUGGAGGUAGCUGAGGCAAGACGGGCAGUCCUGGCUGAAGAAAUUGCGGCGGCCAACUGGACUUCAUCUCAAACUGCCGACAAGGUCCAGCAGCUUUCUGACUUUGUUGCUUCCAUCGAACCGAGAAGAGCUGCGGCCAAGGCCAAGGUUGACUCUGCGUUGGAGAAGGUGAAAAAGGACCGGGAUGCCCUCAAUAAGCGAAUCGACCAAGCCAAGGCGGAACUCCAGAACCUCAAGCCAAACAAUCCUCUCAACCUGUCCUGCGAUAACGUUGUCAAAAUCAUCGAGUCGGCUGCCGUCUGCAUGAUGUUCACAUCAGAAGCUGCUGGCAUGGUCUUGGCAGGAAACGUUAUGUCCGUGGGCGGCUCAGCGAUGAGUCUUGUCACCACGGUUCAUACUGCGCAAGGAAACGUGAGCAAGGACGAGCUCAUGGGCAAGUUCUACAGUAUCGAAGCCAAACUCGGUGGCAAAGAGCUCUCCCAAGAGAUUGCAAAGCUGUCUCAAGGAGGAGAGGCCACCGAAUUUAUGAAGGUCAUCGUGGUUGCAAAGUCCAAGUUUGACGCACUCGUCGACUCUCAUUUCCCGGGGGAUGCUUCAGAAGAGGCAAGGGCCGUGUGGGAUCUCAUGAUGAAACAGGCCAAGGCAACGCACAAGUCCCUUAUUGAGUAUCAGGAAGCCCUACUGAAACAGGCUCAAGUCGAGGCCUACUUUGUACAGAGCCAGGUGGCCAAGGCGACUUUGCAGGAGAACACCUCGGCAACGGCAUCGAUCAAGUCUCAACUAUUCUACCAGGUCUACGACGACUCAUACGCGCAACAGAAGGCCAUGGUCGUCAAGUACUAUCUUGACGCCAUCAGGGCGAUUGUGGCCAUCACACUGGAGCCCACGUCUCUGUCGCAUUCUCUGAUCGCUCUCGGAUGCUGGGAUAAUGUUACCGGCUCUCUUUUCAACGAGGUCAUUCUUCCACAACUUCGUGCCGAGAACGACUACCUUGUCAGCAAGGACAGCCGCGCCAAUCGGCAGACGACGACGUACAGCGGAUGGAUCACCAAGGACCAGUAUCCGGUCGUCUUCGGCUACGAGAACGGGCCACCAGAGAAACCUGGUGAUCCUCCAUCGCUCAUCAAGAAAGAAACUCUGAAGCCUUUCUCCUUCGACAUAACCUCUACGAACUGCCAGAAAGUGUUGAACAUCAACCUUGCGAUGGAAUGUGACAUUCGAAUGAUCGAGUGUCACGUCGCGCUUGAGGGAGCCAAACUCAAGGAAGAGAAGGACAUGGAUCCUGUAAUCAGCAUCAAUACCUCUUUCGCUGGCGGUUUCUAUGUGACCACGGGAGACACCGAGACCAUCAUCGAUGGCCUGACCGGCGAGAGUCGAAAGCAGGACGUGGAAUACAUGUUUGAGAUUGACGAGGUCAUCACUGGUUGUCGAUAUCAGUACGACAGCAAAGACCCAAAGAGCAUCACCUGGCGCACAGAGAACAGCAAUCCGUUCGCCAGGAUGGUCGACCUAGACGAUAUCCAGACCGUGCGACGAGCCGUUCAAAGCCCUUUCACCACGUGGAACAUUAGCUGGGAUGAAAAGGCUUACGAUGUCUCCAGCGUCGAACGAAUCCGCCUGGAAGUGAAAUGUGACUAUCGCCCCCGACGGACAGUCCACCAAGACACUUUCCAAGCUAUGGAAUCCGAGGGCGCAGACAGCACCCCUUUCACCGCGAUGGGAUCUAUGCCAACCCUGUCAGCUAUCCAACUCGUGUCGCCCGCGGUGCGGACCCUUGUUACCACUGCGCAGCCUCUGAAUAUGCGAAUGGACCAGGUUGCUGCUAUCCACGACUACACAGACUCUGGGUCGGGCGACUUGUUGACCAGCUUUCCUCCGCUACCCAUCAGCCCCUUCAUCGGCCUGGUCAAAUGGCCAGAGGCCGGCGGUCUUGCUGUCAAUGGCAUCCGCCUUCGUGUGAAGAAUAUGCGGACCUUUACUCGUUCAAGCUCCACGAGCAGGGCCGUCAAUGGCAUCAUGGGCUGGCUCAUUCCAACGGGGUACACCCAGACCCGCGGUCUGCAUGCCAGCGUUCGGAGAGUCUACGACCGCCUUGGCGAGUCUCCUCAGGCGCGCAUAGAUGCCAGAGCGAAGAACCCCAACUCCGAUGACGUGAUCCAGGGGACCAAGGACCUCUGUCAGGCGGUCCUCGAUAUGUACAACAGCCUUCCAGAAGAUCAGCGUUUGGGGACCUCACUCGGAGACUGGGCGUCCGAGAUAGAUCACUCGGCAGUCAAUGCUUCCAUGACGGAGAUUCCCAAGGAGGUCGCAGACAAAAUUGGUGGAGAUUAUGCCAAGUAUGGAGAGGCCAUCUUCUUGUCAAGGAUCAAAGCUAUUGGAGUCGGCGCAACAGUCCUUACUGGAAAGCAUGCCGACACGGUCCGAAAACUUCCAUACGCGAGUGACAAGAUCGCCUACUGCUGGUUGUUCAGGACGCAGAUCCUGGAGGACGAGCAGGCGUGGCUGAAAGAGGGCAAAAGCAUCAAAGGCUGCGUGGUUCAGCUCGGCAACUCUGGGCUGAUUGCUUAUGAUGACUGCAAGGUUAUCCAGCAUGGAGACAUGAUCAUUAUCGAAGCCUGCGCUUACACCAUGUCGUGGCAUACGCUGUACGGCGGCAACAGCUGGAUUACCAUCUUCGACAAGAACAACCCCUACAGGGUCACCACUGUCAACUUUAUGGAAGGGCAAGGCAAGAUCCGACUUGGAGAAAAGGUCAACUGCAUGAUCGGUGAGCCGUUGAUGCUGCGGACUCAAAUCGAUUUCCCUGUCUGGCUAGAAGCCAUCGUACUAGGCAAGCAGGCUUCCGAUGUUGUCAAGACCAAGUCGCAGGAAUUCCAGGAUGGAUAUAAUAAUGCGAGAAAAUGGUUCGCUGUUCUUGACCUUGGCGGAAUCGGCAUGGCUGGAUACCGAGCCUGGAAAGGCGGCAACGCAAUAUAUGAUCACUAUAACUCUAUCGAGGUCGAGGCUAAAGACGAUGUCGACUUGCAGGAGAAGCUCAAAGGCAAAUCGCCUGAGGAUGUCGCCAAGGAUGCUGCAGGCAAGGGGUUCUCCAAAGCCGAGCCUGGCAUGUUCAUUGGUGGCGUCUUGGUCACUCCCAAUGCAUAUGUGCUCGGCAGAGUCAGCCCUGACAUCUAUGGCCCAUUAACAAACGGAGGCCUCAACGAGGCUCAGACUUUGCUUGCGAGGACAAAGACACAGCAUGCUCUGGGACUUUUCUUCACCAUGGAGGCCAACCGCACCGCGCUGCGCGAGGCUCUGGUCAAGAUUGCGAAGGACAUGGAGGCGGACUACCUUGCCAAGGAUCCAUCUCUCGCCAAGCUGUCUCCCAGACAGCUUUUCGAUAUGAUCAGGGCGGACAUUGUGUACGACAUCAAGGGUCGAGCCGCUAUCCAACAGCUCGUGAUUGACAGCGCCAGUUUCGGACAGCAGAUCACGGCGGAACUGCAAAAUGACCAGAGCUUCAAGGACGUCAACGUGUACGAUCUCGACAUGACCAUCAGCUCUGUCAACAACGUGGAAGUGCAAGAUCGCAUCUUCGAGGCAGAUGGUGUAGCUGACACGUACGUGCGAAAUGAACUGGUAUCGUCGACCGUCAGCCGCCUGACGUCCGCCGACUGUGUCCAGAUGAUCAACGAGUGCAAGGCCAAGGUCGAUGCGGAGACCAAGGCUCUCGUUGACGCCAAGGCGAAACGGGAUGCCGUUGAUCCGACGAAGAAAGACGAAGUCGAUGAGGCUCAGAGAAAGGUGGACGAGUUUGAGAGGAAGGUGGAGGAUCUAAAAAAGGACCAGAAGAGCUAUGAAGAUGCUGAGGCGGAGAGGAAGGAUGUGGAGGGUGUAAAGAAGAUAAAGAAAGAUAGGGAGCGGGAUAAGGAGAAGGAUAUGGAGAAGUUGGCUGGGAAAUAAUAGUUAUAUUAAUUACUAUUAGCAAUUUGUAUAAAAUACAUAAGGUAGGAGAAUUCCAAGUUAGCUUAAUAGAUAAAUAGUAGCCACUGUGAUUAAUAAAGUGUUAUCUGUCCUAUAGCAGAUGCAGAUAGCCGGACUCGGGUUACUCAUACCUAGAAUGAGCGCAGGGAGUCGCAGAUUAUCUCACCUAAGAGUAAAG